UAUAGUUUGAAGCAACUGUUUUGGGAUCGAGGACUUAUUUAUCCCACUAUGGGGAAUGGCAGAACUUACGUGAGAGGACUAUGCAUCACUUUCAAUGUCCUGCUUCUGGUAUCUGGUGUCUUUCUGUUUGUAGUUGGGGUUUCAUACAGCUUUCAACACCCUCCUGAGUUUGACCAUCGGAGUACCCUCCAUGAGAUGUACGUACUAAAUGUGUUUGGACCCAUCACUGUACUUUUCUCCAUCCUGGGAGGCUACGCUGCCUACAAAGACAAGAGAAUACUUCUGAUCCUGUAUGUUGUCUUCAUGACCUGUGAAUUCAUAGCCAUCGUAAUAAUCACUGUGCCGAUGGUUCGUGCCCAACCAAAGAUGGAGGAGAUUCUGGACAGAAGGUUUCACUCUGUGACUCCUCUUCACGAUACUGAACCACAGUUCCAGAGGGAGCUGAACAAACUCCAGGCAUCAGAUCAAUGCUGUGGACUGCGUGGCCACUCAGACUGGGGUUGUCACAUUCCACUCUCCUGCUACUGUCCUCUACCUCCUCCAGAUGACUCAGUCGACGGUCGUUGUGAGACUGUAAAUCCAGGCCUACAGAACACCAUGCCAGACUGCCAGAACAAUAACACACAUGGACAAACUACAACUUCAGUGUCCCAGGAGCGCUGGGUGUACAGCAAGCCUUGUGGUCCCAUCCUGAAGAGACACAUGAUCCUCCUGAUUCAGAUCAUGAUCGGAUUCAUCUCUACAUUUGCCACCACUAUGAUUGCUGCCAUCGUGAUGUCUCUGGUACUGCUGGCCCUCCAGCUUCGGUCCACAGAGCCACCGCUCAACGACAGCCUCGACAGAGUCAAGUACCAACUCAGUCCUCUAGCUCUCACCUGACCUCAGCGUCAACACCACAGAUAACCAUCCUCUGCAUGAGGAGGAGAAGAUUAUUUAUAUAUAUUUUCCAAACUAUUAUCCUACUGCUGCUCUUUUAUUUGGAACACAAGCUACAGUGGAAAUCAACACGUCUAAAUUCCAGUGCCUGAAACGUUUUUGUUUUUUUAUUACACAAUAAAUGCACUCAAAUGAAAAAUGCUAUUUUAAAGUGUUGCAUUGCCACUUGUGGGAGCCAGCCUCUGUUGCACUGUUUGAGAAUGUGCAUCAGUGGUUAAAGUCUGGGUUUUCUGUGGUUUUCUGUACAUGAUAAAUGCCAGUUGUUCCCCUCAGAUCUAACUAUUGUACCUUGUUUUUGAAGUGCAUUAAAAAAAAGAUGAACUGCAAGUUUAAUAGUGAGUGCAUAAGUGUGGUAUCACAAUGGUGAAUGAAUACGGCAUUAUGAGUAUCUGUCCAACACGGUGAAAGGUUUUUCACCCUCGCAAACAACAUGUAUCAUGCCAGUAAACAACUAGCUCAGAGUUAAAUGAAAUUAUAUUAUAUAAAUCAUUACUGCUUGUUGUAAUUCUGUCAUAGUAAUUUCUGAUAAGUCCUAUGUUUCUAUGACACAGCCAAUUUGGUAAGUGGAAACGGGCAGUUAUGAUUGGACAAUGUGAUUGGAUGAACAUAACCUCAAAGAGAGUCCAUAUAAGAAGAUACGCAUUAAGGGGUGGUUCCCAUAGAAACACCUGACCACGUUAGCUUAGCAUGGCUGCCGAGCUAGCUAUGUAGAACCAUGUCAUCGCAUUCAGUACUAUACACUGCAGUACAGCACUUCCUUUGUAAUAAAGUUGUUUAUGACAAAUA